CGUSGUUCUGGGAAAUGCAGGUAAUAUGUGUGGGACUAGAUCGCUCGUUGUCGAUAAUGAAAAGUAAGACCAUGUUUUGUCUUUCAMCGUGCAAGAACGACUCACAUUCAGAGAAAAUGUUACUUUAUUGUAUGCCUGAUGUCGCGAUAGGCCUUCGCGUCGAAAGUUACGGAACCGGUACACAAGUUCGUCUUCCUGGUCGAACUGCCAUGGGUAAGUCCUUAGCACAAGCUAUUUCAUAUUCCUCUCUCCUUAUCCGGUUGGAAAGAUCGGAUUCGCAUCUUUUUCAGAGAUCGUUGAUUAUAGCGGGCCUUUCGAGCGACCUUUUCACUCAUACGCAUUGUAUUCAYGGCAUUGGCACAUAUUGGAAUGAAACGGAAGAACCUAGAAUAUAUAAGUUCGGGGUUCCCUAUGAAGAAAUGUAUAAUUCGAUGACAAAAACGCGAGAGGACGAAGAAUUUUUCACUCGUAAUACAGUGCUUCAUCUCUGUCGUAGGGGUGCUGCUGUGAAGCGAGCGCCACAACGAUGGCAAGACAUGCCAUCCGAUCUCAUCUCGGAACACGACGUCGUUAUUGCCUUCGAAGAAAGAAUUUAUGACGCAGUUGUGGAAGAUUUACAAAUUCGAGAGCCGACUGAAAACUUUGCCCCGAUCCAUGUCAUUUGUCUCGACACAAAGGAUAAUCCAGAAGAAGCACAGUUGCAAGGUCAAGUUGCUUUGGAUUUGUGUUGGCGUUUGGAGGCUUCAGAAGAUUUGGUAACCGAAGCUCCAGAGAUUUUGGACGAGUUUGAAAGGGAAAAAAUGACACAUACACCAAUCAAAGUGCUCUAUCAGCUCUGUUACUUGUAGAGACCCAUUGGCAAUUUAACGUUGCGAUCGAUAGCCGAAGAAGAAAAAUUUAUAGAAUAUACUAAAGUUAUGCAC